UGCUCAUUCGGUCAUCGUGGAGACCUCACCCUUCCUCUCAGCUUACUGUCUCGUAUUGGAUGCGAACACGGGCCGUAAAUCGCGGACGACAGGAACACAAGAAAGAGGAGGAUCUCUUACCUACCUGCACUCCACCGAUCCGUGUUGUCCGUCUUGGUUGUUCCUUUUACACAGCACCGCAGUUUGAACCUCACCUAGCCAAGCGAUCAGAAUGCCGUUCUACCCGCCGUCAUGGAGUCCGCCGCUUCCAGAAAUCCCGGACUCCGUCUCCAUCGAGACCUUCAUGAACGAUGAGAAAUACGGCCGCACUCCCUUUGCCCACUCCCGCCAUCCCUUCGUCGACGGCUUGACCGGCCGCACAUACAGCGCCUCGGAGCUCAGAACGCGAACGGAUCAUCUCUCGCGAUCGCUUGCGAAGGAGCUCGGCUGGAAAGCCGACCAAGGCUCCGAAUGGGAUAAAGUGGUUGCCAUCUUCAGCCUCAACCACAUCGAUUACCUGACUCUCGCUUGGGCUGUGCAAAGACUAGGCGGCAUCCUGACGUGUGUCAAUGCCGCCUACAAUGCUGCCGAAUUGGAGUACCAACUCAAGGACUCCGGCGCGCAGGCCAUCUUCACCUGUUUACCACUUCUCGAGACGACCAUGACCGCGACGAAGAAAGCCAGCAUCCCGAAAGAAAAAGUCUUCAUUAUGGAGCUCGCGCCUUCCGUAACAGGCAACCUCACCAACCAAGGCCACAAGACCUGCGAAAGCCUCAUCACCGCCGGCGCCAAACUUUCCGCCAUCCCACCUUCAGACACCAAGUGGAGCGCGGGCGAAGGCGCCCGCCGCUGCGCCUUCCUCUGCUACAGCAGCGGCACCUCCGGCCUCCCCAAGGGCGUCAUGAUCUCGCACUACAACGUCAUCGCCAACACGCUGCAGAUCGCGACGCACGAACAGCCGAACCGGGAAGAAUCGCGCAAAGCCGCCGGCCUCGACCACAUCACCGAGGUCGCGCUGGGCCUGCUGCCCAUGUCGCACAUCUACGGCUUGAUCGUCGGCAGCCACGUCGGCGCCUACCGCGGCGACAGCGUCAUCGUCCUGCCCCGCUACGACUUCAAAGUCCUGUUGCAGACGAUCCAGGAUUACAAGAUCAACAUGCUCUACCUCGUCCCGCCCAUGAUCAUCCACAUGACCAAGUCGAAGGAGAUACUGCAAAACUACGACCUCUCCUCCGUAACCGCCUGCUUCACCGGCGCCGCCCCGCUGGGAAAAGAAACCGCCGACGACCUCCUCGCCAUCUUCCCCCAAUGGAUCGUAAGACAGGGCUACGGUCUCACGGAGACCUGCACGGUCGUCUGCUCCACCGUGCCGGGGGACGUGUGGUUCGGAUCGUCGGGGUCACUAUUACCGGGGAUCACGGCGAAGAUUGUGACGGUGGAGGGGAACGAGAUCGAAGGGUACGACCAGGCGGGGGAGUUGUGGGUCAAGUCUCCGGCGGUCGUGUUGGGGUAUCUGCAUAACGAUAAGGCGACGCGGGAGACGUUUAUGGAUGAUAAGGAAGGGCGGUUCAUGCGGACGGGGGAUGAGGUGGUGAUUCGGAAGAGUCCGCAGGGGCAUGAGCAUUUGUUCAUCGUGGAUCGCAUAAAAGAAUUGAUCAAGACAAAAGGCCAUCAAGUCGCCCCGGCGGAACUGGAAGCGCAUCUCCUCACCCACCCGGCCGUGAACGAUUGUGUUGUCAUUGGCGUCCCCUCCGAGCGCGAGGGCGAAGUACCCAAGGCUUUUGUCGUGAAGGCUCCCGGCAGCAUCGAGGAGUCCGAUGCGCUGUUGCGGAGGAGUAUAAGUAAGUAUGUCGAGGAGCAUAAAUCGGAGUACAAGCGGUUGAGGGGUGGGGUGGAGUUUAUUGAUGUUGUGCCGAAGAGUCCGAGUGGCAAGAUUUUGCGGCGGUUGAUGAGGGAUCGGGAGAGGGAGAAGAUGAGGCUGCAGGGGGCGAGGUUGUAAGGAGUGAGCAGGAGGUGGUGGUAUGGGUGCGGCGCGGUCGGGUGGCGGGAGUUGCGGGGGUUGGAUAUUGUACAGUGCUGAUGACUUGCAAGAGGAUGUACGUACGGAAGCGAAGGCGACUGAGGUUAUAGCUUCGACCGUAAUAGUCAUACUCAACCC